AUUAUGGACAAUGAAAAAAGUUGUAACAUUACAUUAUUGCCUGUUGUAAGCUCUACUACGCUCUUUCACCUUUGGCAUAGACGCAUAGUGGAUUCUGCACUAUGCAAGAUUUCUUUAUUCAUCCAAAGUUGAGCACCCCUUUUACAUAGAAAUCAUACCACUUUCAUAAAAAGAUGUUCUUUCUUUCUUAGCUUUUGAUCAAGCACAUGCUAAUCUUUCUUCAUCUGAUACUCACAAUAGGCUAAAAACAGAAGAAAAUUUUUGCUCAUCAGCAUAGCCAGAGAUGGCUUAUGCUGCUCUUGUCUCUCUUGAAAACACCAUAUAUCGAUUCCUGAAUCAUAAUCUAUUCUCCAUCUCUGUUGAAGAAAAACAACAAAUUACAUCUCUGCUCCAGUAUGUUACUCCCAUUCGGGACCUUCUCGAAGUAUUUCCAGACGAAUCCAAGAGCUGGGACGGGCAAAUGAGGGAGCUGGCUGAUGCAGCAGAAGAUAUUCUAGAAUAUCUUGUGUUGGAAAAGGUUUUUUUGCCUAGUAAAGAGGAGUCUGAAUCCCAUCCAAGUGGAAACCACAGACUCGACCUGAAAAAAGUAGUCAAUGAGGCUUAUUCGAAGCUGGAGACAGUGGCCGAGAUCGUGGAAGAAUUCCCAGAUGAUGCUAAAGCUAACAGUUUAAAAGGACGAAUCGGGGAGAUAGAAAUUGAACUGAAAGAUAUCUACGACUUUUACAAAUGGGAGAAAACUCAUCGUCAUUUUAGAGAAAAGUGGAGAUUGUUACCAGCAGAGUUGGCCAAGUUGAACUCUAAAAUCCAGGUUAUACACCACUUGAACAAGACAAGAAAUGAUAUUGAUUCGAUCAUGGAGGAAGUGAUGUCCAUCAAGAAUGCUAGCAAUGAAGAAACUUCAUCUUCUACACUUGCACCAGUUGAUGAUAUUGUUGGCUUCCUUCUAGAUGAGGCUGAUGCGUCUAAAUGCCAUCGAAGUGCAAUGCAUGAGCUCCAGCUGGAAAAAGUUACGGACGAGAUUGCUUUGAUUGCUGAAAAAGUGAAGAACAUAAAGGUUAGUUCCAGCAACAAAGAAGUUCAACGAGGUGCUGAUUCUUCUUCUCUAGAAGCUUCAGAUUCAUUGACCCUCAGUUCUUCAUCAACUACUCCACCCAUCCACAAAAAUUCCAUGGUUGGAUUUGAAGAUCACGUGAUGAACAUCAAGGACCGGCUCUGUGGAAAUCCAUCCAUGCUCCAGGUCAUACCGGUAUGUGGUAUGGGGGGCAUCGGAAAAACUACCCUCGCCAGAAAUGUUUAUGACGAUAAGCUGAUUAAGGAGAAUUUCGCCAUUCGUGUUUGGGUUACAGUAUCACAGGAUUACAGUGCACAGAGAAUUCUUUCAGACCUUCUGGAGUCCCUUAAGGAAUACAACAACCAAAGUGGAAAGAAAGAAAGAGCUGACAUAAAGGUGUACCAAAUUUUAAUAGGCAGGAAAUAUUUAGUCGUGAUGGAUGACAUCUGGAGAAGCGAGGCAUGGGAUAUUGUUAGGAAUGUGUUUCCUGAUAAUGGUAACGGAAGCCGUAUCAUGCUAACUACAAGGUUGUACGAUGUGGCUUCUUAUCCUGGUCCGUCAAUCAAGCCUUAUGAGUUGGGUUUACUGGAUGAAGUUCAGAGUUGGAGCUUACUUAAGGAGAAGGUGUUCGCAGAUCAAGAUUGUCCUUCCGAUUUGGAGAAUAUUGGGAAGGAUAUUGCAAGAAGCUGCAAAGGGUUGCCCCUCGCUAUCGUAGUGAUUGCAGGACUUUUAUCUACAGUCACUAAGAAUCCAGCUUCGUGGCUGGAGAUUGCAGAAAUGGUGAAGUCUGCAAAAACAGCAGAGCAAGGGCAUAUUGAAGAGAUACUAUCUUUGAGCUAUGUGGAAUUACCUCAAUUAUUGAGGCCAUGUUUCUUGUACAUGGGUUCAUUUCCUGAAGAUCAAGAGAUAUAUACCUCGAAACUCAUUAGAUUAUGGAUAGGUGAGGGCUUUCUCAAAUUUCCGAUCAACACCAAGAGCUUUGAAGAAGUGGCUGAAGAGUGUUUAGAGGAACUUGUGAAGAGAAACCUUGUUUUUGUAACAAAAAGGAAAUCUGAUGGGAGAGUUAAAAGUUGCAGCCUCCAUGAUCUGAUACGGGAGCUGUGCAUAAGGAAAGCUCAUGAAAGUAAGUUUUUUCUGAAUUUGAUGGAUGAGGAUGCUGAAAAGGAGAAUUUUAUGGAUAGCAUAAAAAAUCAGCGUCGGGUAAGUACCUCUAAACUAAGUUUCUUUUCUAGCUAUGGUGGAUCGACUAUCCAUUCCAUUAAAUGCUUCAAGUAUCAUAUAGUAGAACUGGACUUUGUCGAAGGAGUUAGAUUGGUUAGGGUGUUGGAUGCUGAAGCUGCUGAUGUGGAGUACUUGCCAUCUCAAUUAUUUGAGCUAUUUCAUUUGAGAUACCUUGCUGUUAGAUAUAGUCAUAGUAUCCCUAGAAUCUUAUCAAACCUUCAAAAUCUGCAAACCUUAAUCAUUCGUGCAGAGAAGAGAGACAAGUUAGGAGUUGGAGUAGCUUGUGGGAUGUUGGUGCCAUGGGGCAUGCAACAACUAAGACAUGUUUACUUUCAGGGGGAGAUUUACUUUGAUGAUCCUGAAGAAACAACUUGUCCACUGGAAAAUUUGCAAACGGUUUCGUAUGUUAACAGUACAUGUUGUAGCGAGCAGAUCCUGAAAAAGAUCCCAAACCUUAAAAAACUGAUGAUUGAUUGUUCUCAGGGUCGAGAUGCAGGUCGCCUGAAUGAUCUGGUACAUCUGCAUCGACUUGAGUGUUUGGAAGUAUAUGCUGGUUGUUGGGUUGAAUCUCGGCCCAAUAGCUACAAUAUUACUUUUCCGGAGAUGCUCAAAAAGUUGACUCUGAGGGAUUUGAAUCUUACUCAAAACAACAUGAUUAUUGUUGGUUCCUUGCCAAAUCUUCAAGUGCUUAAACUGAAAGGUUGCACUUGGAGUGGUGGAACAUGGGAAACAACUGAAGGAACAUUUCCAGCUUUGGAAGUUCUUCUGGUUGGACAGUCCGGGUUUAAGAACUGGAAAACUGAAUGUGGCCAUUUCCCCAUGCUCAAACGCCUGCUACUUCAUUCUUGUUGGGAUCUCAACGAGAUUCCAACUGAUAUUGGAGAAAUUUCAAGUCUUCAACUGAUUGAGGUUAAGGGUAAUGUGAAGAAAUCUUUAUUGGAGUCAGUUGAACUGAUAAGAGAGGAACAGGAAGAAAUGGGAAAUGACACCCUUCAAGUUGUCUGCAUUCCUAAGUCGUCUUGACAACGAAGUUAUUAUUCAUAUGAGCCACUUUUCAGGAGUUUUGAUGAUGAAGGCGUCUAUGAUGAUGAAGAUGACUAUGACGAGGAUGAUGUACCACCCUCAUGGUUCAAAUUCAAAUGGGUCAGAGGAUGGAAAUGUGUUAAGUGUGUGUUAAAGCUUUAUCAGUGAGACUUUACUGAAGAGGUUUUCUAAGACUGUGUGUUAUGGAACUUGUUUCAAUUUGUUUAAUCGUUCUGUACUUGAAUGUUAAUAUGGUGUGUUAUAUGAAUAUGUUCUAUUAUUGUGUGGAA